ACUCUGGAUCCAGACACGGCUCAUCCCAACCUCAUCCUGUCUGAGGGUCGGAAACGUGUGAGAUACGGAAACACGCGCCAGGCUCUGCCCGACACCCCUCAGAGAUUUGACACUUGUGCCUGUGUCCUGGGCACCGAGGGGUUCGCGGGCGGGAGGCGUUACUGGGAGGUGGAGGUGGGGGACAAGACUGAGUGGUACCUGGGGGUUUGCAGGGAAUCUGCGAGCAGGAAGGCAUCGUUCAGAACCACACCCAGUGAUGGAUACUGGGCCGUGUGGCUGAGUUAUGGCAAAUAUCAGGCCUGCACCUCUCCUUUGACCCCCCUCCCUGUGAGCGCCAGGCCCAGCCGGGUGGGGGUUUUCCUGGACUAUGAGGCGGGCGAGGUCUCGUUUUACAAUGUGACUGACAGGUCCCAUCUCUUCACCUUCACCGACACCUUCUCUGAGAUGAUCCGCCCUUAUUUCCGCACUGGUUACGAUGCGGCUCCUCUCACCAUCUGCCUGGUCCUGGCACAAACCGGAGGGACUGGCAGUACCACGAGCUGAAUCUCUCACCUCCAGCUGCCCUGGGUCGCGUUACCACAGAGCUGCACCAUGAGACACUUGCCCAUUGACUCCUCUUUAUCUUCCUGUUGGGGUAGAUCACCGGGGGUGGUGGCAGAGCAGCCUGUACUCAAUUUUUAGGGGGGGGAGCAUCACACAAAACCCACUAAAUCCACUGCUGGGGGUUGUUCUCAGAGCAUGGGACCAGGCUGUUGUGUAGAUGGAAACAGCGACCCUCUCAGCACAGACUGUCCCCUUUCAGCAACCAACCCUAAUUGUGUUCCAUGGGGAUGAUACAAAGAACAUCAACUGCCUGCCCCCAACCCUAAUUUCCUCGAACGAGGCGUACAGAUAGUUCGGAAUGGCUAAGUAGUUCGAACUAUCUAGCCCGUACCGCAUGUAGCCACGCGGCACGGGGUUCGCACUAGCCGGCUUUU